AUGGGUAUAUUCGGAAAAUGGCGAGGAAAUCCUGCCACCGAGAUAUCUCAACCGACCCUCACUUUUACAGACGCUGCACCCCGAGAUGACCUCCAUAGGUUGGGGCAAUUGAAAUCCCCGGACCCUAAAAGUACAGAUCUAAAGAGUCCAACGACAACCAAAAGGAUGAAGGAAUUCCAAGAAGCUGUACAGGCUUUUGAUUUCACUGUGACCGAGCCACCCGAGAGAUUAGAGGCCGAGGAUCCAUUCGAUGACAUGAAAGGUGGAUGUAUGAUUGGUAUUGCAUUGGGCAGCCCCAGCAUGCUACCACAACCGCUGUCGCCGCCGAGAUUCAAGCCAGUCGAAUGGGACACGAUUACAUCUGGUCUUCCUACAGAAAAUCCGGAACCCUUGGGCACUUUGCGACGAAAGCCAAGUAAAUGGAAAAAGCUUGGAGGUCUUUUCAAAAGCAAGCAAGAUGACAAGAGGGGGGUGGACGAACCGUUCUACCAACUCGACAUGAACAUUCAAGAAGCUCGACAGGAAUCGAGAGCCCGAACCCGGGACAUUUCGCAGCAGACGCCAUUUCCAAAGGUGGAAAACGACAUGCCCUACAUAGAACCGAAUCCCCAUUUUAUAGGUAGCCAGCAGAAAACCAGAAAUGAUUCGCUGCUGGAGAUUGAUAUCCCUACGGUUGAAAUGGAGCGAUACAGCGUCAUGUUCAGCGGCGUGUUGGGUAAAAAGCCCGAUACGUCUUUAAUGGCUCGGCGGAACAAAGCACUGGAUGAUAUCAGAACCCAGAGAACAGAGGACGAAUAUCUCAAGCCGCAUCGGCCGCGGCGCGCUACAUCCCCAGGACCAGCGUCCCCGACGUCGUUCUCGCUUGUCCUGGAAAACGCCAACGAGCCUCUUUCGAAAGAUCAAAAUGCCAAUUCGCAGCCAGUGUUACAAAGUCCGCGUCGCUCAAACACGUUUCCUCUGGAGGCACCCACUACGAAGAACAAGAGCGACACUCUCGCAGUUCCUGAUCUCACGCCUGCAUUGUCCACUAGCACGUCGACGGACCUUUCACCAAUGGAUGUAUCACCUACAACAAUGGAAGUUCCGCUGAUAACACAUAUCGUACCAAAUCCGGCGAAGAGCUAUGUCCAGGAACCCACAUGGGAGAUGAUUACCAGAAAGUCCGACUCGACCACGAGCACUGCGAAACCCGCUCAUGUCCCUUCUACAGCGACUCCACCCAAAAGGCCCAAAUAUGUGACUGCCAACACAAACCCAACAUAUCCGGUACACGCAGGCCCUAUGUUUCCCCCACGGUCCAGCAGUCACGAGAACGAUAUAUUGGCAGAACGACCACAUCGCUCUCGAGCGCAAACAAUGCCCACCUCCCCGUUGGAUACAGACAAACCGCAACCAACCGCACCUAAACCAAACAUCGUCAUAUCCACCGCACGUUCCGUGUCUGUCAGCAGAAGAGGUCCUCGUGCUCCACCAGCACGACCAAGUGUAGACCGUUUUGAGUCGUCGAAGGAACGGUUCGGCGAACAUCAAAAAUUGACUCCUACAGUGGUUGAUAUCCGUCGGGGAUCCAAUCAUCAGCACAAAAAGUCUGAGAAUGCGGUGAUUGAAUCUUUAUGA